AUGUCCUUUUCCCAAUUGCUGUCGCAAUGUCGCCCACGGAAAAGCCUUCACUUUCAGGUCCUGUCCGACCUGCACCUUGAAGUUGGCGCGCAGUACUCCGAUUUCCAUAUAACCCCACAGGCACCAUAUCUCAUUCUAGCCGGCGACAUUGGCCGGCUGGCCGAUUACGACGCGUUUCGCGAUUUCCUACGGUCCCAGUGCCAGCAGUUCCGCCAAGUCUACCUCGUGCUCGGAAACCAUGAGUUCUUCGGUGUCUCUCGCCCAGAGGGCUUGCGGCUGGCCGCCGCGCUCCAGGACGAGCCCGAGCUGCAGGGCCAAUUGACCGUCAUGGAUAAAAAACGCGUCGACCUGGAAGACGUCAGCCUGCUCGGCUGCACGCUGCACUCCCGGGUGCCGCCCGAGGCAAAGGAGAUUGUGCAGCACAAGAUCAACGACUUUCGCCGUAUUGUGGACUGGAGCGUGGAUGACCAUGUGGCGGAGCAUGCGCGGGACGUGAAGUGGCUACAGGAUGAGAUUCUGUCGAUUAGAAACGGAGAGGCUGGCUCGAAGCGGAAAAUCGUUGUUGUCACGCAUCACGCGCCUUUGGCUAAGGGCACAUCUAGACCGUCGGAUGAGAAGAAUCCCUGGUCUUCGGCGUUUGGGACUGAGCUUCUUGGGACGAACGAGAAAUCGCCCCUUGACGAUGUGCAGUACUGGGUUUUUGGCCAUACGCACUAUUCCAGUGAAUUUACUUGCGGGCAAGUGAAACUAGUCAGCAACCAGAAGGGAUACGUUUUUCCUAAGAAAGAAGUGCAAAAGGCGGAAGAGCCCAAAACUUCGGUAUCAAAAAUGUUGAGUAUUUGGAACACUAGUGCAAAGUCGGCGAGGACAUUCGAUGCUGACAAGGUCAUUGGCAUUUGA